AUGGCGACGAUAGCCUGUGAGCUGCAUCACAGGACGCAGUCUGAGAUUGUGGUGCCAGUCUGGGUGAACGACAAGAGUGUCAUUGUAGGGGUCCUCGAUGUCGACUCAGACAUCAAAGCAGCUUUCACUGAUGAGGAUAGAGAUGGGUUGGAGGCUGUGUGCAAGCUGCUGGGUGAUCAUGGCUUCAAAGCUGCAUCAAAGCCCCACCUCGGCCUAGAAAACACUACCGAUGAAGACGAGUAG